GAAAAAAGUGUAAUCUCAAGUGCAAUUAUGUUUCUGCCCGAAACAGCUGUGUUCUGCAUUACGCUGCUCGUCUAUGGCGCAAUUCUAUUGCUAUUAAUUUACUAUGUAUUGACGCUGGCCGACUUGGAGUGCGACUACCUCAAUGCCCAGGAGUGCUGUCGUCGCUUAAACUUCUGGGUUAUACCCAAAUUCGGUUCUCAUGCGUUGCUCUGUUUUCUGCUUUUAAUUUGCGGUCACUGGAUAAUGUUCUUGCUCAAUUUACCAAUGGUCGUUUGGUUAUUUUAUGAACUGCAUCGCCAGCGUCGUGACAGUCUUGGCGUCUAUGAUCCUGUUGAUAUUCACAGUCGAGGACUCUUGAAGGUUCAUUUGAGGAACUGUAUGAUCUAUCUGGGAUAUUACUUUGUAAUGUUCUUCGUGGGAUUGUAUUGUCUCAUUUCAUCGCUAAUUAAAGGUGAUCCCAUCAAGCGGCACGAAGCGGAUGAGAUUGUCACCGCUUUUUAACCAACUAAGGAGCGCUCCCACAGCAACUAGACGCACAACGUAUUGACAUCAACGACAUCCACAAUUGACCAAUACUCAUUAUUUAAUUUCUCUAUUUAUUUUCAUAUCUCUUAGCAUCUGCAGCCCAUUUUUAAGCGUAUUCGAUCACAAAAUUUAAAUAUACUUAUACUCUUAUAUACAAAACGAAGUCUUCUUUCGCUUGCGACUUACUGUAAAAAAAUCCACCACUUCCUCGAGCUCGCGUUGUCGCGCCUGCUUUUGUGCCCAGCGUGCCUCGGCUGUCUUUACACUGACAACCCAACGAUCGUGGGCCAAUUUGAUGCCACAUCGAUUAUCGCUAUUAUCCAGUUUAAUUCCAGAGGAUGUACCAGCUGUAAUCGCUCCUUUGCCCAUGUAGCUAUGAGCAUCGGAGCGAGGAUGACGUCGCUUGGCUGGACACAGUUUGCCCGACUUGGGAAACGGAGGCUCUGAUAGAUAAAGUUUGAGGCAGCCCUGAUGGAAGAGAUGCCCACAAUAAACUCGUUCCACAAACGCAUCGUCACGAUCAUCAAGCACCACAUUCUCUGGCUGCUGUGGUAGCACAGGAUUAUCACAAAUGGGACACAACUCCAAGUGAAAGUCACGUGUGG